GGUGCUGCGCUGCGGUCUUGGUCCCUGUUCCCUGUGGGCAUCUCACGGUCUCUCUCCCCCUGCAGCCUGUGGCAGCGGGUUCUGGCUGCGGGAUGGCGUCUGUGCCAGGUGAGCCCUGGCAUCCCGCGGGAGGCUGCUCGUGGCCAGGGCAGCUCCCAUGCCCUGGGAGCAGCCACUGUGCAUUGGUUGGUGCCUUGCAGCUGGGGGCAUCGGCUCCCGGCUGAGCCCCUCAUCGGGGGGACCCGGUGCCACCCCGGGGCCUCAGAUCCCCCAUGGCUCUGCCGGCGGCUGCCUGCGUGGCAGGGGUGCCCGUUUGGCUUUGGUGGCUUCCAGUGUGAGGAGCCCUUCCUGCUGGCGCUGGUCGGGGUGUCCUGCGCUGGGGGGGUCCUGCUGCUGCUGCUGCUCGCGGCGCUGCUGCUCCUGGGGCGAGCCAAGGCCCUGGCACAGCGCCCCAGCCUGGCAGAGCCGGUCGUGCUGCCCUUCCAGCCCCAGCAGCUGAGUCUGCCCCGCGUGCGCCCCCCACGGCCCCUGGAGGAGGUGGAGAUCCGGGAGCUCGGCCAUGGGGACAGGCUGGGAGCUGGGCGGGUGCUGGCCGCUGGGCCCCGCAUGAAGACAUUCCAGGGCUCCCAGAGCUCGCCCGGCUUGGCCCCCCGGCCAGGGGGUGGCCAGAGCAACCUGGUGUUUGUCAGCGACGAGGAGUGGGGCCGGCGGAAGUGCUGAGGGGCUGGUGGGGGCACUGCCCCGUGCCCAGCCCCGUGUCCAGCCCGGGAGGAGACAGCGCCAUUCGAUCACAGACCCUCAGCACCACCCUGAGCUGGGAGGGGCUGCCACACGGCUGUGCUGAUGUAAUGGGGGGGGUGUCCCAGCCUGUGGUGGGGGUAAGCCCCACAAGGUGUCCCAGCCCCUUGGCUGCCAGGGCCGGAGCUUGGGGGGAUGGGGCUAUGGGCUGGGCCCCCCCAGUGUGGGGCACCCUGCAGGGGACUGGUGGGGAUGGGGCUGUGGGCUGGGCCCCUCCACUCUGCUGGGGCAUGUGGGGGGUUCUGAAUUUUU